AAACAGAGAGUGAUCUCCUUCUUAUUAGUUGUCCUGUCGCAAUGUCUUCAUCGUUUUUCUCGGGAUUAUAUCAUUUGUUCCAGAGCUUCAGGGGAGCCAACAACACCUUCCUCACAGACCAGCACGUCCCCGGUGCCGACUUGAGAGGAAAAUGGAUCGUUAUAUCUGGAUCCAAUAACGGCGUGGGAUUUGAAGCGGCAAAGUCCUUCGCAGCUUGGGGAGGGAACCUGAUCCUCGCCUGCCGCGAGCCGCCCGCGUGGGAGCUGCAUCCCAUGGCCGCUGUGAAAGAAUGCAAAGACCUGGCCGAGGCGCGGGGCCAUUCGUCGACUAUCGAAUGGUGGGAGGUUAACAUGGCAGAUCUCAGCAGCGUCGAGGCCUUCUGUCGAAAAUGGCUGGGAAGCGGUCGCGCUCUAGACAUACUCUGCAACAAUGCAGGGCUAGGGACUACCUCGAAAACCCGCAUGACCAAGGACGGAUUCCAGUUGGUUCACCAGGUAAAUCUCUUAUCCCAUGUGCUGCUGACCCUCCGACUUCUGCCAUCUCUGGCUCGCAGUGCAAGUCCUCGGAUCAUUUGCACAACUUCAAGCAUUCACCACCUCGGAGCCUUCGAUCUUGACCACUUCAACUGUGGUCCGGAGAUGAAGGGCGGCGAUUAUAUAAACAACAAGCUUUACUUCCAGAUGUGGAUUGCUGAACUACAGUCUCGAUUCCUCAAGCACCCUGAGUAUCUCCACAUCACGAUCAAUGGGGUGAAUCCCGGCUUUGUUGCUUCAGGCAUCUGGACCGGCAUCAGUGACACGGGCGACACUACGAGCCGGCUUCUCAAGUUCCUUCUGCCCUACAUCUCUAUUACGCCACAACAGGGUAGCUUGGCAAUCAGCUACGUAGCCACCAGCCCAGAGUUUGGACCAGACCUCAAGGUGCAAAAUGUCGGCGCGUCAAAUGGGCGGGGCGGAGGGAAAUAUAUCAAUCGCAUAUGGGAAGCACCGUCGCACUGCUACUGUAAGGAUCCGGAUGCUCGCUCGAGAUUGUGGAUCAAAUUGGACGAGGAGCUCCAUCUCCAACAAAAGGGUCUUCUAACGAUUCUGGGUCUUUGACACAACGAAUCAUUGCCGCUAUAAAUAUUAACACUUAUUGGAGUCUUUUUCUUGGCGUGCCCCAGGCACACUGCCUGUGCUCUGGGUGCAGCGAUUGGGCCAAUUGCCCACAGAUAACCCUUCCGUAACUGUAGCCUUUGGGACUUAGUCCCAUCAUCUUCACCAAUACAAACCUCUUGCCUGUAUUGCCCACAAUUUUCUUCUUGG